CUCUACAAGCAGUAACGUUGGGCAAUCAAAAAGACCUAUGGAUGAAGAAUCAGAUUUAAAUAAUCACCAACAAAAAAGGCCUAGAGAUGACAUUCCCCAGGAUUCAAAUGAAUAUGCUGUUGCAUAUACAGAUGGAGCAUGCGAAAACAACGGAAGAGCAAACGCCAAAGCUGGAAUUGGAGUUUGGUUUAGUAAUAAUUGUCCUUUAAAUAUUUCCAAGCCUGUGGUAGGAAGAUCAACUAAUAAUACCGCAGAAAUCCAAGCGCCGGUAGAAGCCCUCAAGGUUCUAUUCGACUUAGGUUAUUCAAAAGUUAAGAUAGUAACUGACUCUCGAUUUACCAUAAAUUGUAUGACUAAGUGGAUGCCGAAAUGGAAAAGUAACAACUGGAAAUUGGCAAAUGGUGGGCCCGUUAAAAACAAGGAAGAUCUAAUCAAACUCGACUCAAUGUGUAAAAAAUUUAAAGAAAUUAAAUGGGAAUACUGUGAGGGUCACAAAGGCAUUUUAGGGAAUGAGGCAGCAGAUAAGUUGGCAAGAGACGGAGCUCAGAGAUAUAUUAAUAGCUAAAUAUCUAUUUUAAUUUUAAUUUAUUUUAAUAUUAUCGCAGUAAUAAAUAAGC